GACACCGAAGUUUGUAUGAAUUUAAGAUGGGAGAGAAGCCUGGCUUCUGGUAAGAUGGGUUUUCCCUGCCAUCGGCCAGACCAGGUCCCUGUGCUUCUGUGGCUGCUGCUGCUGAUCCUGGCUCCCGGACGAGAGCAAUCAGGAACACCUCCAAAAGCUUUUCUUCUCCUUGAACCUCCAUGGUCCAGAACCUUCAAGGGAGAAAAAGUGAAUCUCACCUGCAAGGAUGACCAUUCUCGGGCCCAGAGAUACGUAUCUUGGUAUUACAAUAGAAUUUCCUUGGGAAGGAGACCUGGAACAAUCCAAAUAGACAAGUCUGGAUAUUACAUAUGCAAAACCCCAAGAUCUUCCUUCAGUGACCCUGUGCAUGUGGAAUUUUUAUCUGACUGGCUGAUCCUCCAGGCUUCACACCCUGUUUUUGAAGGAGAUGAUGUAACUCUGAGAUGCCAGGGGAAGGAAGAAGAAGAUAUUUAUGAAAAGACUUACUACAAAAAUAAAGAAGAAAUGAGACAGUGGUCACAAUAUCAGUCAGAGGUCAGAAUACAUUCAGUCUCCAGGGACAACAGUGAAUAUUAUUGUACUGCUUCUGGGGAAACUUUAUGGAGCCCAUGGAUAGAAAUUUCAAAACCUUUAAAGAUCCAAGUUCAAGAGCUAUUUCCAAAACCUGUGCUGAGAGUCAGACCUUCCCAGCCCAUCGAGGGGAACCCAGUGAACCUGAAAUGUGAGACCUGGCUCCCUCCACCAAGGUCAUACAUUUGGCUUCAGUUCUGUUUCUUCAGAGAAGAUAAGGUCCUGGAACCUGGUUGGAGCAACUCCUCAGAGCUCCAGAUCCCCACCAUGUGGAGUGAAGACUUAGGGUUCUACUGGUGCCAGGCAAAGACAGUGACUCCCAAUAUCAUUAAAGAAAGCCUGCGAUCCCAGAUACAUGUACAGAGGAUCCCUGUGUCUGAUGUGAAUCUAGAGAUCCAGCCCCCUGAGGGCCAGCUGAUUGAAGGAGGAGAUAUGGUCCUUAUCUGCUCAGUAGCCAAGGGUACAGGGACUAUCGCAUUUUCCUGGCACCGGGAGGGCACGGAGAGAAGUUUGGGCAGGAAGAUGAUACGUGCCAUGUCAGCAGAGUUGCGGAUAGCCGCAGUGAGGGAGCAGGACGCUGGGAGGUACUACUGCUCAGCCGACAAUAUCCAAGGCCCCAUCCUCACUAAACGGAUCAGAGUCACACCAAGAAUUCCAGCAUCCCACCCAAUCCUCACUGUCAAGACACCCAGAGCCCUGGCCGUGGUGGGGGACAUGGUGGAGCUUCGCUGUGAGGCCCAGAGGGGCUCUCCCCCAAUCCUGUACCGGUAUUACCAUGAGGAUGUCAUCCUGGGGACCAACUCGGCCCCCUCGGGAGGAGGAGCCUCCUUCAACCUCUGUCUGACAGCAGAACAUGCUGGAAACUAUGCCUGUGAAGCUGACAACAACCUGGGGGCCCAGCGCAGCGAGGCGGUGAUGCUCAGCGUCACAGUUCCAGUGUCUCGCCCUGUCCUCACCCUCAACCCUGCCGGGCCCCAGGCUGUGGUGGGAGAUUUGUUAGAACUUCACUGUGAGGUUCAGAGAGGCUCUCCCCCGAUCUUAUACUGGUUUUAUCAUGAAGAUAUCAUCCUGGGGAACACGUCGGCCCCCUCUGGAGGAGGAGCAUCUUUUAACCUCUCUCUGACCACAGAACAUUCUGGAAACUACUCCUGUGGGGCUGACAAUGGCCUGGGGGUCCAGAGAAGUUACAUGGUGACACUCAACUUCACAGGGCUUUCCACAAGCAAAGUAAUCCAUAUCACUGUGGGCGUCAUUGGGUGCCUGCUAAGUGUGCCUGGCCUUGCUGCUACUGCUUAUUUGGUGAGUUACUUCAGGACCCAAAGGAAAGCAGGAGGACCUCCUGCCACCGGAACACCCAGUCCCAAGGAGCAUCAGGGGCCUUCCUGGUCUGGACCCUGCUGCACAGACCCCCACAAGCCCCCCCACUCUGAGCCACCAGCCGUGAUGGAGCUGCAGCCAGUGUACAGCAAUGUGAAUCCUGGAGAUGACAACCUGGUGUAUUCCCAGAUCUGGAGCAGCCAGCAAACAAGCGGAAACCCAGCACGUUCACCAAGGACACAUCAGAAGGAUGAGGAACCUGCAGUCAUCUAUUCGGAGCUGAAAAAGGCACAACCAGAAGACACUGCAGGGCAGGCCCAUGAAGAUCCUGCAGAAAACUAUGAGAAUCUCCCAUGUGCACCAUCAGCUCUGGACCGCUAGACCCCUACCCAGAUGGGCCCUCAAAGACCCUGGGAGCACCUGAUGCCUUCCCCCUGUUCUCCAUAAGCAUGCUUCUCCUUCCACCCAGCAGGCUGCGUGAAGGUCUGCCCCCACCCCACCCCGCGCCUGAGUCUGCAUGUUCUUUGGGAACAGAAUGGGCAGCAUUUCAGUAAACACCACAUUUCUACACAGUAGAGACACAUGAAAGCAGGGCAGGUGGGCCUUCCCCUCCCACGCCCGUGGAACAAGAAGGAAGGACAAGUGGUCUAGCCAGGAUCACAAGAGUGCUGUCAUGACCAUGUGCUCUGAGUGCCGAAAGCUUUGACCGCGCCAUUUCUGCAUGAACAAUUGAAACACUGUGUUUCCUCUUUUAGAUGGACAGGUGGUAAGUGACUGGUGAUGAUGAUACUAAUGAAGAGGAUGAAUACAGAUACAGGACACACACCAAUCUGCUCAGAAUUGGGGGCCUUCACGAGUCUUCCUCUCCCCCAGGAUCAAACUCCCUCAUACCUGGGGCAGUCAAGCUCCACGGUUUGGUUAUUCAGCACCCACUAUUUGGAGGCUCCAGGGAUCAGCACCAACCCUGGAGGCCCAGGAGAGCCGGUGACUCUCAGGACUCAGAUGGCAAAGCCUCGUGUCUCCGGGAGCCCACGUGGCCCCAGCCAGCAGAGGAGGGAGCAACGCAGGCAGUCAGUGGGCCCACGGGACAGACCCCUCCCUUUGCCCACCGACUCCCAAAUAAUUCAAGAGCUGAGUGUCCACCACGGGAGAAAGCAUUUUAAAGCAUACCAUCUGUUCCUAGGUCUCCAGAAAAGUGGUAGAGUUGCUUGGAGUGGCUUUUAUUCACGUGAAUAAGGGAUUUGUCACCUGGGGUGAGACUGAACUUGCAAUUGCUGUAAAAACGAUAGGCCGUUGCCAGCUGGUGCGUUCACUGAGGACCGGUGUACUUCGGCUGAUACACGCCAUGGACGACGCUGAUUUUACACCUGCCCUGUUUAGGACUUCAAGUAAAUAACACAGCAAGGCUUUGCAAACCUUUGGAAUAGCAAGAUAAAAAGAACAAAGUGUG